UUACAUAAUAACAGAUUCGACACAUCAAUAGGAGGUCUGAUAUUUAGCAAUCAAUUCAUUCAAAUAUCAAGUUAUUUGCCGUCAAAUAAUGUGUACGGUUUGGGAGAGAAUACUCACCCGUCUCUCAGACAUGACUUAAAUUACAAGACUUGGCCCAUAUUUACCAAAGAUAAUGCACCCGAAACUAAUGACGAAAAGAAUAAUUACGGUCAGCACCCCUUCUAUACAGUACUUGAAAGUAAUGGCAAUUCUCACGGAAUUCUAUUACUUAACAGCAAUGCUAUGGAAUACACACUAAUGCCGGCGCCGGCGAUGUCUGUGAAGACAAUCGGAGGAAUAUUGGAUUUCUUUGUGUUUAUCGGCGAUAAUCCCGAACAUGUCAUACAGUUAUACACUUCACUCAUUGGGCGCACAUUUAUGCCCUCGUUUUGGGCGUUUGGCUUUCAGUUAUCGAAAUGGAAUUAUAAGGACUUAAAUGAAGUGAAGGCUACUGUCGAGCGACAGAUCAAACACCAGAUCCCAUAUGUGAGACCAGAUUGUAAUUCAUCCUAA